CAGAUCUGCCGUUUGAUGUUUUCUUCACUAGCCCUGAAGAUGCUGAGACAUAGAGAUGGCUGUGAUUAUCUUUUGUAAGACAGGAAAUGCAAUCUUUAGGGGUUCCUGGAAAUAGAAAGGUCAUGCAGUCUGGAACCUGUGAGCCUUUUCAAUCUCUAAGUCAUCAGAGAAAUGACGAAGAGGCAGUUGUGGAUAGGGGUGGAACUCGUUCUAUUCUCAAAACACACUUUGAAAAAGAAGACUUAGAAGGUCAUCGGACCCUAUUUAUUGGAGUUCACGUUCCCCUGGGAGGAAGAAAAAGCCAUCGACGUCACAGGCACCGUGGUCAUAAACACAGAAAGAGAGACAGAGAGAAAGAUUCAGGAUUAGAGGAUGGAAGGGAGUCACCUUCCUUUGACACCCCGUCUCAGCGGGUGCAGUUUAUUCUUGGCACUGAGGAUGACGAUGAAGAACACAUUCCUCACGACCUCUUCACGGAGCUGGAUGAGAUUUGCUGGCGUGAAGGAGAGGAUGCGGAGUGGCGAGAAACGGCCAGGUGGUUGAAGUUUGAAGAAGAUGUGGAAGAUGGAGGAGAGAGGUGGAGCAAGCCUUAUGUGGCUACUCUCUCACUGCACAGCCUAUUUGAGCUGAGAAGUUGUAUUCUGAAUGGAACCGUGUUACUGGACAUGCAUGCCAAUACUUUAGAAGAAAUUGCAGACAUGGUCCUCGACCAACAGGUGAGCUCAGGUCAGCUCAAUGAGGAUGUACGCCACAGGGUCCACGAGGCACUGAUGAAACAGCAUCACCACCAGAAUCAGAAAAAACUCACCAAUAGAAUUCCCAUUGUCCGUUCCUUUGCUGAUAUUGGCAAAAAACAAUCGGAACCGAAUUCCAUGGAUAAAAAUGCAGGUCAGGUUGUUUCUCCACAGUCUGCCCCAUCCUGUGUGGAAAAUAAAAAUGAUGUAAGCAGAGAAAACAGCACUGUUGACUUUAGCAAGGGACUGGGAGGCCAACAAAAGGGGCAUACUAGUCCAUGUGGGAUGAAACAAAGGCAUGAAAAAGGACCUCCACACCAGCAAGAGAGAGAGGUUGAUCUGCAUUUUAUGAAAAAGAUUCCUCCAGGUGCUGAAGCUUCAAACAUCUUAGUUGGGGAAUUGGAGUUCUUGGAUCGAACUGUAGUUGCAUUUGUCAGGUUGUCUCCAGCUGUAUUGCUUCAGGGACUGGCUGAAGUCCCAAUCCCAACCAGAUUCUUGUUCAUUCUUCUGGGACCCCUGGGAAAGGGUCAACAGUACCAUGAGAUUGGCAGAUCAAUUGCAACCCUAAUGACAGAUGAGGUAUUUCAUGAUGUUGCUUACAAAGCUAAAGAUCGUAAUGACUUGGUAUCAGGAAUUGAUGAAUUUCUGGAUCAGGUUACUGUUCUCCCUCCUGGAGAAUGGGAUCCAAGCAUUCGAAUAGAGCCUCCAAAAAAUGUUCCUUCCCAGGAGAAGAGGAAGAUUCCUGCUGUACCAAAUGGAACAGCAGCUCAUGGGGAAGCAGAGCCCCACGGAGGACAUAGUGGACCUGAACUUCAGCGAACGGGAAGGCUUUUUGGGGGACUUAUUUUAGAUGUCAAAAGAAAAGCUCCAUACUUCUGGAGUGACUUCAGAGAUGCUCUCAGCCUGCAGUGCUUAGCAUCUUUUCUAUUUCUCUACUGCGCGUGUAUGUCUCCUGUCAUCACAUUUGGAGGACUGCUGGGAGAAGCAACUGAAGGUCGUAUAAGUGCAAUCGAAUCUCUCUUCGGUGCAUCCAUGACUGGUAUAGCCUAUUCUCUCUUUGGUGGACAGCCUCUUACCAUAUUAGGCAGUACAGGACCUGUUUUGGUGUUUGAAAAGAUUUUGUUUAAAUUUUGCAAAGAAUAUGAGCUGUCAUACCUGUCUUUAAGGGCUAGUAUCGGACUUUGGACUGCAACCCUGUGCAUCAUACUUGUGGCCACUGAUGCAAGCUCCCUCGUCUGCUACAUCACCCGGUUUACUGAAGAAGCUUUUGCUUCACUUAUUUGCAUCAUUUUCAUUUAUGAAGCCCUAGAGAAGUUGUUUGAACUCAGUGAAGCAUAUCCAAUCAACAUGCAUAAUGAUUUGGAACUGCUGACACAAUACUCAUGUAACUGUGUGGAACCACAUAACCCCAGCAACGACACACUGAAGGCAUGGAGGGAGUCUAACAUUUCUGCCUCUGACAUAAUUUGGGAGAACCUAACCGUAUCAGAAUGCAAAUCAUUGCACGGAGAGUAUGUUGGACCAGCCUGCGGCCACGAUCAUCCAUAUGUUCCAGAUGUUCUGUUUUGGUCUGUGAUCCUGUUCUUUUCCACAGUCACUAUGUCAGCCACCCUGAAGCAGUUCAAGACCAGCCGCUAUUUUCCCACCAAGGUUCGAUCCAUAGUGAGUGACUUUGCCGUCUUUCUUACAAUUCUGUCUAUGGUUUUAAUUGACUAUGCCAUUGGGAUCCCAUCUCCAAAACUACAAGUACCAAGUGUUUUCAAGAAAGGUUGUGGAUACCAUCUGGAUCUAUUAAUGGUGGCUGUCAUGCUUGGUGUGUGCUCCAUCAUGGGCCUGCCGUGGUUUGUGGCUGCCACCGUUCUCUCCAUCACUCAUGUCAACAGCCUAAAGCUGGAAUCCGAAUGUUCAGCUCCUGGAGAACAACCUAAAUUUCUUGGCAUUCGGGAGCAAAGGGUUACAGGGCUUAUGAUUUUUGUUCUUAUGGGUUCAUCAGUGUUUAUGACCAGUAUUCUGAAGUUUAUUCCCAUGCCAGUGCUGUAUGGAGUGUUUCUUUAUAUGGGUGCUUCAUCUCUAAAGGGAAUUCAGUUAUUUGAUAGAAUAAAGCUCUUCUGGAUGCCUGCAAAACAUCAACCAGAUUUUAUAUAUCUAAGGCAUGUACCACUUCGAAAAGUCCACCUCUUCACAGUUAUUCAGAUGAGUUGCCUUGGCCUUCUGUGGAUAAUAAAGGUUUCAAGAGCUGCUAUUGUCUUUCCCAUGAUGGUGUUAGCUCUGGUAUUUGUAAGAAAGUUGAUGGACUUCUUGUUUACCAAACGGGAACUCAGCUGGUUGGAUGAUUUAAUGCCUGAGAGUAAGAAAAAGAAACUGGAAGAUGCUGAAAAAGAAGAAGAACAAAGCAUGCUAGCUAUGGAAGAUGAGGGCACAGUACAGCUCCCAUUGGAAGGGCAUUACAGAGAUGAUCCAUCUGUGAUCAAUAUUUCUGAUGAAAUGUCCAAGACUGCCUUGUGGAGGAACCUUCUGAUAACUGCCGAUAACUCAAAAGAUAAGGAGUCAAGCUUUCCUUCUAAAAGCAUUGAAAGCCGAAAAGAGAAGAAAGCUGACUCAGGGAAAGGUGUUGACAGGGAGACUUGUCUAUGACUUGAUCUUCAAUUUAUUUUUUACAAAUAUAUGAGAAGAGUGCCACAGUUAUUAAUAAAACUGCUUUGAUCAUGUAUUGUAUAUUCUGUCUCUCAUCCCCAACCCACCUUCACACUGUAAGUAGUGCAAUACUUGUUUCAUGUCUGUGUUUAAACUUCUGAGCAGUGAGACACCCUUGUGAGCGUAUACAAUAGCUAAUGCAAGAAACUCUGUGUUUCUUGCUGUAUGUUAGGCAUUUGUAAGCACUGGAUUCUCAUUGUCAGUUUUCUGAGAGCAAUAGCUUUCUUAAAGAGAUAAGUCAUAUUUACCUAGUUUGUAUUUUCCUACUGUAGUGACCUGAAGAUACCUGGUAAUUUCACUGAGAAGAAUUUUGAAAAGUAGUCUUACUUCUUAUUUUUUUAUAGCUUAGCAUUAGUGACAUGUCAAAAAUCCCAAAUCAAAAAGUUAGAUUGGGAAGCAUUUUUUUAAAAAUAAUUGUAUUUAUGCAUUUCCUUGAUUUACUAUGAUACAUUUACUACUUAAGAAUUUCUAUGUAACUAAAACUUAAAAUAAUUUGAAAAACUAGAUAGCCACCUGUCUACAACUUGUUUAAAAGAAUCAGGCACUAAUGCAAAAAGUCAAGUAGUAGCUGCUUAAAAUUGAAGUUUUGAUUACAUGAUCAAAUACUAGGCUUGUACGAAAUGCUGUAGAAAAACUUUGUACGUUUUGUGAGAUUUAAAAAAAAAGCCCUUUAUCAGGAAUAUGCUGUUAAAUUUUUACCCUGUUGACAACAAACAUUUUCCAAAUAAAUCUAUUAUAUGCAUACUCAUGGAAUACUAAAUGGUGAGUCACCAUAUAUGAGACUCCACUCCUGUACAGUUACCUUUCUGCUGAAGGGCAUGUCUGCUAAUGCUGCUUCUGAGUCACGUUCUAAUGUUAGACUGACAGGUACCCACUUGUAACUUUUUUUUUUCCUGCAAAGCUCUUUUCCACUUUUUAAUUAAAUGCAUGUUGUAGAAAAAAAAUAAUAUUUUCAAUGAAAUUUUCAGAUUCUGUUUGAGAAGCUUCUGUAGGUAUUUCAGUUUGUAUGAAAUAAUCCAUCUUUACUAAACUUAUACCAGAGGAAGAAAUGUGAAGACUUUUUGAGCAUUACUAAAAAUACAGUAUUGCUUUUUAUUUUAGAUGAAUGUGAAGUGAAUAAAGACUAAAUCUCAUAGUGCUCUUGUUUCCUAAGAAUGGCCAGUGAUCAUCAAUCUAAUAAUCUUCAGUGUCCAAUUUUAUAGUAACACAGAGCCCUAUCGCUUUUCCAAACCAUUAAUUAUAUAUUCUGUGUAUAAGUGUACAUGAAAAGUGAAAAAAAAAAUCCUCCUGUGAUUAAACUUAUAAGGGAAAUAAAAUAACAACAAGCCUUCAUUAGACUCAACAUUUUGAUACCUUCUGAACAAUUCCCCUCGCAAUCUUUUAAGAAGCCAGUUCUUAAUGGAACAUAAGCCUCAAAAAUAUAGGGAGACUAUGCAGUUAAUAAAGUCUGUGUUUAUAAAUGCCAAGGAAAAAAUACAGAAACUUUCCAUUCCAAAUGUGUUGCCUUUGUAUAUUUUAUAAUACAGAUACUACAUUGUAAACAUUGCCAUUGUUUUAUGAUUAAGACUAGCUGUACAUGCCAGUCAGUCCCACAAGCAGCCUCCCAGUGUUUUAAUAUAUUAAUAACGGUUCUGUUAAAUGUGAUCAUAGUGAACUAAAUCUUCACAUGAUCACCUAUUUGAAUAAGCAUCAUAUCCAAUGAAAUUCUGUAUUUCUGAGUAUUUUUAUAGUCAUUUUGUUCUUGUGUGACUUUUAAUGAUAUCCCUAUGUUAAUCCUAAUAUUUUGAAAUCAUAUAAAGUAUAAGAAAAAUGUAGUGUUAUAUAUUUCCUCCUAAUUUCAAAUCCUGGUCAGAAUUAGUGAAUAUCUUGAAUGUAAUUUAUUGCAAAGGUUAAGUAAUGUGUAAAUGUGACUAGGAUAUUGUGUUUUUCACAACUAAGAAAUGUUAUGUGGAAAUAAAUAUUUAUCCUAACUAAUUUCUUUGCAUAUUUUAAA